GGGCCGGCCAAGAUGGAGGCGGCGGCGCCGUGAGGCGGGCCAAGAUGGUGGCGGCGUGAGGCGAGGCCAUGUCGGGCGCGGAGGAGCGGGAGCCCGGGGGCGCGGCCGCCGCCGCCUCCUCCUCCUCCUCGGUCUCCUCCGCGGCCGCGGCGCCGUCGGCGGCGGGGCUGGGCGGGGAGGCGGCGGGGGGCGCCGAGGAGCCGCGGCCGCUGCCGCUCGCCGAGGCCGGCGUCGACCCGGACGCGCCGCCCAAGAAGCGGCUGAAGGCGGCGGGCGGCGGCGGCGGGGCCGAGGGCGCGGCGGGCAGCGUGAAGCUGGAGGAGCGGCUCUACUCCGUGCUCUGCUGCACCGUCUGCCUCGACCUGCCCAAGGCCUCGGUCUACCAGUGCACCAACGGGCACCUCAUGUGUGCCGGCUGCUUCAUCCACCUGCUGGCGGAUGCCCGGCUGAAGGAGGAGCAGGCCACCUGUCCCAACUGCCGCUGUGAGAUCAGCAAGAGCCUGUGUUGCCGAAACCUGGCUGUGGAGAAGGCAGUGAGCGAGCUGCCCUCAGAGUGUGGCUUCUGCAUGCGGCAGUUCCCCCGCUCCUUGCUGGAGAGACACCAGAAGGAGGAGUGCCAGGACAGGGUGACUCAGUGCAAGUACAAACGGAUCGGGUGCCCAUGGCAGGGGCCAUACCAUGAGCUGACUGUGCACGAAGCCGAGUGUACGCACCCAACAAAGACCGGGAACGAACUGAUGGAGAUUCUGGAUGAAAUGGACCAAACGCAUAAAAAAGAAAUGCAGCUGUAUAACAGCAUCUUCAGCCUGCUGAGCUUUGAGAAGAUUGGCUAUACAGAAGUUCAGUUCCGUCCCUACAGAACAGACGACUUCAUCACGCGCCUCUACUACGAGACGCCCAGGUUCACCGUGCUGAACCAGACCUGGGUGCUCAAGGCCCGCGUCAAUGACUCUGAGCGCAACCCCAACCUGUCCUGCAAGCGCACUCUCUCCUUCCAGCUCAUUCUGAAAAGCAAGAUCAACUCCCCUAUGGAGUGCUCCUUCCUGCUCCUCAAGGGACCCUACGACGAUGUGAAAAUCAACCCUGUGAUCUAUCACUUUGUCUUUACCAAUGAGAACAAUGAGACGGAUUACGUGCCGCUCCCCAUCAUAGACUCCGUGGAAUGUAACAAACUGCUGGCGGCCAAGAACAUCAACUUGCGGCUUUUUAUAUUCCAGAUACAGAAAUAGGCAAGGCUUAGUUAUGCUGGAAGUUACCAAGAAAGCGCCACUGAACCACAGUUACCUCGUAUGGCUGCCUGUGCCAGUUGUGAUCUCACACUAAUUCGAUCAUUUGAAAAAAAACAAAAAGGAAACGAAAGCAAAGCGUCUGCAUGUGUAUGCAACAGCGUAAGCAGUCACCGCCUCCCUCCUCCUUCCCCUUUCCCCAUCUGCACUAGGGACAGCCAGGAACGGAGCCAGACCCCUCCUGGAGGGCUGGCAUGGGGGGGACUGGCAGCCGGGUGCCCCCUGGUUGCGGCUGAGUGAAGAGCGCUCUGGAACGCAAGUCGGGGAGCCGUGGCUCCGACCCGUUCUGCUGUGCCACGGAGGAGCAGAGGGAUGGUGUUGUGGUUAAGUGUGUGGCCAUGGUGUUGCAGCGUUGGGGUUGUGGAGGGCGUGGUUUUACCUGUAUCUCCUCCUCCUUCCAGCAGCCCCUUGGUGUGAACGAACCCCGAUAACUGUUAGCGUCCCAUUUCGGUUAUGGGGCGGGGAGUGCUGGGGCAGCUCUCUGGAAGACAGGGCUGGGGAGCACGGAGUUUCUUACCGGAUGUGCAGCGUGGGGUCUCUCUCUGUUUUACUAGUUAGAAUAAAAACCUGGGGAUUUUUCAGUCAGUCCUAUUUUUCUUUCCUUUCAGAAGGUGCCAGCCAGUGGUUUGGGGAGCUUCUGCCCAUGCGGUUGAAGUUCCACCCUCCAGUGGGAAGGGGUGGAGGCAGGGAGAGGCAAUGUUACUGUAGUGCAUUACGUUUGAAAAAGUUCCAAAGAACCCAACCCCCCAUUGUAUAUAGUUUGUACAAACUAACCCUUCAUUCCAGUAUUCCUUCCCCUGGCCACGGGGUCCAGCCGUUAACCGUUGCAAUGGUUUGUCGUGGAAGAGUCGGAGAGGCACGGUGAGGAUGACAAAAGGCCUACACUGGACAUUGCACGAUCUCCUCUGGAGUUGUGACACAGACCUCCUGGACUGAGCCGGCUUUCCUGGUAAUUCCCAAGCAAAGAUACCUUGACUGUCUAGGAACGUAGAAGUGGGUUUAUUGGACUGUUCUGGUGGCCAGUGAAUCAGAACGGUUCGUAGUCCUCUUCCCCCACAAGUGACAUCAUGGGAUGAUACAGACAGAGCGCCGUCUCUCAGAUUCAUUUUGUAUUGCCCUUCACGGAGAAAUAACCGAGAGGCCAUUUCAUUUCUUUCCGCAGCUGCGUGCAACAUAUAGUGCAGGCUGACAUUUUACCUGAGACCAGAGGAGCUCCGUAGAAACCGAAUCUAAAUUCGCUCAGCCCUUUCGGAAUGCAGGGUGAAAUUCUGUCCCUUUCCGGUUUUGCCAAAACUUGAUUUUCUUGCAAAACAGGAAAAGAAAAAAAAAAAAGAGUUCCAGGCUCUUCUAGCAAUUAUGCAAUUUUACAGUGUGAUAAAUAUUUUUUAUAUAUUGACUAUAUGCCGCAUGUUUAUGGACAGGGAUAGUGCAGCCACUCACCAAAUUGUGAAGAGAUCUACAGGGAUGUGUCAUUUGAUGCUGUUUUUAAGACGUUUUAAAUGUGGGGUGCUACAGGGGGGUGGGUGAGAACUGCAUCACAAACUCAUUCAUACCGUAUGUCCAAGGUCAGCCACCUCAUUGAUGUGCCCAUCAAAGAAGUCACGCUGAGCGGUAGGGGUUUUUGUUUUUUAAGGGGGUAACUGGACGAGAUUUGAUGCAACUCAGGGGCUGGCAGCGUACUCUGGUGGUGUGACCCAGCUGGGGUCACAAGUGGGCUGGCUCUAGACCUCCCCCCCUCUCCCCGCUUCUCUGCUGCCCGGGGCAGAUCUGACAUCAGGAGGCAGGCUAGACAUCAGGAGGCGCUACUUCACAGUCAGGGCGGCUAGGAUCUGGAACCAACUUCCAAGAGAAGUGGUGCUGGCUCCUACCCUGGGGGUCUUUAAGAGGAGGUUAGAUGAACACUUUGCUGGGGUUGUUUUACCCCAGUGCUUUUUCCUGCCACGGCAGGGGGUCGGACUUGAUGAUCUGCUCAGGUCCCUUCCAACCCGACCAACUAUGAAACUAUGAUGGCUCCGUGAGCCGGAUCCGGCCUGCAGGCUCUCGGCUGCCAACCCCUGACGUAACUGAGGCACGUCUCUUGCGGACACUGCCCUCAGCAAAGCCGUCUUGGUUUCACUUGCUGUCAUGCCACCUUCUCCGCUCCAGGUUUUCAUUCAGGAUCAUGUCAGUUUUUCAGCCAAGCUUUUUUACUUUCUGUCAUGGGCCUUUCGAAAGGCAAAGGCCUGUGGGAGUCAGAGCCCUUUUGUUGGUAAUUUGCCGAGCCUGUCUGCUGUGCCCCCUGGAAUAGGAGAAUGGUUUGAGCAUGAAGCCUAGUCAGUAGUCUUAAUGGUUUCUUAGUGCUGUCUUCUAAAGAGUCGUAGAGUGUAAUGGUGCCAAGGGAAGGUCUUGCUGCCACGUGCAAGCCACUCGUUCAGACUGCUCAGCCAGGACGGAGAAAGGAGCUUUGUGAAAUGCUCCGCGAGAGCUGCUGGUGUUCCUCCCCAGGCCGAGGGCUGGUGGCAGAGCCAGUUCCCAUAAGGCUUGGCCCUUCCUUCCUCCUCCCCCUCCUCCACUCCCAUGGCCCUAGAUGUGAGCGAGCAAUGCCUGGUGCUGGCUAGCUGCAGUAGCGAGCUGUCAGCUGACACAGGCACAUCCAUCAUGGAGGAGUAAAAGCUCCUUUAGCUUUCUGCUGAUGAAAUACCAAAGAGCCAUUUCCCCCUUCACUGAGUCCUUCUUCGUUGUGGUCAGAGGUUGCAUACUCGCCUGGCACACAGGAGGACCGGCGCUUGUCCUGGGCAAGGGUUUCCAAUGUGCAAGAGUUACCCCAAGGCUGCGUUGAAUGUGGAGCAGGACAGAGCCCCUAGUCCAGUCCUAAUGAGCUUUCUUGAAGAUGAAUGUAAUGUUUUCCCAAACAGGCCAUCUUGGGGUUCCCUGUCGUGUGUACCGAUGGCACCAACCAGAUCGCUGCUGGAUAGAGUACCCUGUGCUGCCACUGGCUUCCUUGGUGGUGGGCUUCUGAGAUCCAGUGAGUUGCAGGCUCUGUCUGAGGCCAGAUCAGGAAAGACGGUGCACUCGGAUUGAAGCAUUGUGGAACAAUUGAGCUGAGAUCUGAGCCCCUGGCUUAGUGCAGUCUGGAGUGGCGUCUCUUGCCUGACUCCCAGGGGAGAGAAAAGGACAAUGAGCAAGCUGGCAUUGCAGUUGGCUUCCCUUGUUCCUAGCCUGUGGUUAGUGCAGGUUGUUUCUGGGUGUCAAGCACACAGAGGUUUAGCAAGCAAAGAAAAGCUUCGCACAUUGUGCAGUUAUGGGCUGGCCCAGACAGCGCGCUGCGAGCAAAGUGGAUUUUGCUGUGAGGAGCAAGGACUGUACUGCAGGCUGGUGCAGGCCACCAUUUCCUCUGUCAUUUGAACCUUGUUACUACUUAUUCACUGGUUUGAACUGGACUAGACGGCCCCAGGAGUACUGGAAACCCCUGACACUGCUGUGCGGUCAGCGCGGGUCCCGUGUUCUGCAGACACUCUGGAAGAGGAACGUGGAUGGGUCACGUGUCCAUGUGAAAGUGCUCGCCUUGCCACAUGACAUGGACACAUGCCCCUCGUGCAGAGUACGCUGUUACUGUGGGGUAUUUGGGGAGGCAGUGCCAUUGUAGUAUAGGUGAUCGAAAGUGAUCUAGAAGCAUCUUGCAUGUGAAUUUUGGGAAUCCAAGACCGCCAGCCCUGGCAUUGGUGAAGUACAGACUUGCCUUGUCUUGCCAUGUUUUAAGAGGUUCACAGUCGAAUGCAAAGACCUCAUCUGCCUCGAGGAAGGUUUCCAUCUAGCACAGCUGUAAAACACCCCGUUCUGCCGUGGACAUCUCUUUGGAAAGAGUUGAGACCAUUCGUCCCCAUGAUGCUGAGGAUGAGAUUUAGUUAAAGCCACUAGUCAAACAAAGCAGAGCACCAGGCAGGGGUAUUUCUCUUCCACCCAUGCCCCUUUCCUCGGCCACAAGGGCAGAAGGGUGAAUAUUUACCAGGGUGUUGGUUAAUGUUCAGCUUAGUGGUGCUUUCUGUUUUGUAUCGAUCAGAGGGCAUCCACCUUCUUGGAACCAGAGCCACCUGGAGUGGACUGGUGUAGGUGCAGAACCUCCGUACAAACAAGCUCCGUAUUCGUUUGAUCUCUUGAAGUCACCAUCGUUCCCUCCUCAAACCAAGGCAGAAGCUAACGGGUAGAAGCUUCCCAAAGCAAAUGGAGUAUCCUCAGAAGAACUCCCUGUACCUGAGAAGCCCCCUUCCCAGCCCCAAAGCAACGCACGUCUUGGUAGAAGAGAGGCCUCUUUGCUGGGGGGCUUGGGAACAUGUCAUGGGAGGGCAGAGAGAUGUCGUCCCGUGGUAGGGACUCCUCGGGAUCCUGCUUGAGAACUUCAGGCCAGUUCAUCAGAGCAUACUCAGGGGAUGGACAGCGACAAAGCUGUAUUGGGAGCAACGGGACGCUGGAACUGCUCCAGCCCAACAUGCCCGUACAAAGGAGGGAGCUCCUCCAUACCGCUCCAUCUCUGCUGUCUCAGCUACAGCUCGGCAGUGUCCUCUGGAUGACAGUGCACUUGCUGCAGGUAUCAUUCAUGGACAGCUUCUCCUCUCCGCCGGUUGCUUGCUGACUCAACCGUUGUAUAGCACAACGGGCUGCCCCACGAGGCACUGGGGCAGCCUGGGACCUUUUCAGGGUAGAAUGGUUUUACGAUGUCCUCUCUCUCGUUUCCUUCCUGGGAUUUUUCAGGCUGGUAUAACCCUGCUCGUGGCUUAAUCUCUGUUGUUCCCCUCUGACUGUUCCUCCCUCCCCUGAGUGUCGCGUGAGUGCCGGAGGGUUUCUGAAGGCAAGUGUCUCUGUUCAGUAGCUCUUCUCCCAGGCAGCUGGAGCCCAGGACAGGCAGCAGCUGUGCCCAGCUGAGCUCUGCUGGUGGGUAGCAUCACCAAUGGUGUAGGACGGAGUUGCCAGGCACCAGCAGACUCUUCCUGCCAGUGGGUCCAUGCUGCCCAGCUGAGCGCCACGAUGCACAGGGCCUGAGUCCUCUGCCUGAACCGGCUACAGAAUGGACACAGGUGUUCUCAUCUCCGUGACGGGGGCAGCUUGUGGACGGGCAUUGCCGGCAUACUGUAGCGGUGGCUGCACACAGCAACUCCAGCUGAGGCAGGGAGCCGUGCAGUACUGGGACCGUCUCCAAGGUGCGUGUCACUGUCUCCACUGCGUGCGAGUCCUUAGAUACCCUUUGCUAUGUGCCUUUGAUACCUGCCAUCACUCCCAGCACGGCUGUGCGGAAGGGGAGACGAUCUCCCAUAGAAGCUGGCCAUAGUCCCCUCCACCUCCCAGGCCUUGCGGAGAACUAGUCGUUCCCAGCGGUAGUUGUCUGGAAAAGUCUAGGGCACCGCAAGCGCCCUGAAAUGGCUGGAGGGCAUGGCUUGAGGAGGGCAGAGAGGUUUGGUCACCACUGAAAUUUCCCAUUCCCUUCCUGCUGCCAGAUCCCUCACUUGGGUCGGCGCAGGGGGUUGGCCAGUGCAGACCUGUUUUGCCCACGUCUGAAAGGCACUCCUGCUGUGGGGCGAAGGCCAUGGGUUAAAGGCUGAUUUUCCCCUCUGCCCCACGCCGCUCUGUGGCCAGCCAUGGCCUGGGACACAACUCUAGCGUGUCAGGACAGGACGCACAGCCUCCCCUGGCGGUUACUCUCGGCGGCUGGCCCCACUAAGAUCAUGGCCUGUCAUGUCUUUGGAAGCCAAGAGGCAGGAGCCUUCUUCAGCAGUACAAAAGUCCUGGCCAUGGUAGCACGCAGAGGAGGGAGGCUGGAGACGUUGGCUGGAGAAGGUGCGGUGUGGCGAGGGGUGAGUACCCAGACUGCCAGCUCCAGCGUGGCAGCUCCUAAGAGUCUGGUUGUUUUAGGGUCCCAGGGGCAGCGACCAUGGCCCCUGCUGGGUUGGAUGUUUUAAAUGGCCCUUUCUGAAUCAUGGCGCGUGUCUGGGAGCCCCUGGCCUCUGCCAGGCAGAUGAUGGUCAAAAAAUUGUAAAUAAUGACAUUUUUGCAUCGCUUCUCCCUCUCCGCCCACCCCCUCUCCCUGUCCCCUCCACUCCUUUCCAUAGGUCGCCCCGUUCCUCUUGGACGUUGUAAAAUUCAUACACAGUAGCUGAGCCUUACCUGUCUAGUACUGUGCUAGACAAAUAAAGAUUGUAGCAUGUCUCUUCAUGCCAGGGCUGGUGACUGGCAGACCACAAACCUCCUUGCAGUAUUCACUGUGGGUAAUUUAUUUAACUAGUGAAUGUAGAAUUAAACUAAUUUAAACACUAACGGUUUGUCUGCAGGGUCGUGUGUCCUCUCUGUUAAGGGGCUGAGUCUCUUGUUCCUGUUCCAUUCGUUCUUUCGCUAUCACUGGCCCAUGGAGCAGGGCCGGCGGCCCUGGGGCUUGUCUGGGGGAGCUUGUUUCCAGCCAGUGACAUUGCUGCGUCCCCAGGCCCAGGCUGGCAGGGAGUGCAGCAGGCCGAGGCAGGGGCGCAUGGCCCACCCAAGCCCACAUAGCCCUGGCCUUCACCCCCCACGGCAAGCCGCCGCCUCCUGCUUCACGGGAACUGAGAUUUUAGGUUCAUUUUAUUUUGGAAAUGCAAGCGAACAGCGAGGGCGGGUUUGGAGGCUGUCGGGAGCGGUUUCUUCUGUUACUUUCGUGGUCUGCGUUCUGUUGGAAUAGUUUCUGUAUGUAACUGUAGUAAAAACGAACGAACAAAAAAAAAGAGCCAA